UCUGGAUGACAUAAAACCUCCAGAGAGGGGGUAUCGGACUGUAUGGGGAAAGUUUUCCCUGUUCUUGGCCUCCGGAAAGUCGAUGGGAACUCGGGUUGGAACCGAGCCUGGGGGGAGGGGCGGGGCUGGUGAAGCUGCUCGCAUGCUGGCCCCGCCCACAGCAGGGGUUGUGGGGAGCUGGGGGGAGGGGAUGCCUGGGCUCUUUGUUCUGUCCUCCAGAUGGCUGGGCGACUGAGUCCCAAGGCCUGAAGUUUGAUGGGCGCCCCAGCCCCACCCCCGCCUGCUUCUGUGGUUCCUUUCUGGCCCAGAUGGGGGAUCCCCGGACUGGGGCCCCCCUGGAUGAUGGCGGGGGCUGGACAGGUAGUGAGGAAGGCAGCGAGGAGGGCACCGGAGGCAGUGAGGGCGUUGGAGGUGAUGGGAGCCCCGAUGCAGAAGGUGUGUGGAGCCCCGACAUUGAGCAGAGUUUUCAGGAGGCCCUGGCCAUCUACCCUCCCUGUGGCCGGCGCAAGAUCAUCCUGUCAGAUGAGGGCAAGAUGUACGGCCGGAACGAACUCAUUGCCCGUUACAUCAAGCUGAGGACAGGGAAGACGAGAACUCGAAAGCAGGUCUCCAGUCACAUCCAGGUUUUGGCUCGAAGGAAAUCGAGAGAAAUUCAGUCCAAGCUGAAGGACCAAGUCUCCAAGGAUAAGGCCUUCCAGACAAUGGCCACCAUGUCUUCAGCACAGCUCAUCUCUGCACCUUCCCUCCAGGCAAAGCUGGCUCCUUCUGGCACUCAGGCCACCGAGCUUUUCCAGUUCUGGUCAGGGAGCUCUGGGACACCGUGGAAUGUUCCAGACGUGAAGCCCUUCUCACAGGCACCGUUCUCCGUGUCACUGACGCCCCCAGCAUCUGACCUACCAGGGUACGAGCCACCCCCAGCCCUCUCACCCCUGCCCCCACCCGCUCCAUCUCCCCCAGCCUGGCAGGCUCGGGCCCUGGGCACUGCGCGCCUGCAGUUGGUAGAAUUCUCAGCGUUUGUGGAGCCGCCAGAUGCAGUUGACUCGUUCCAGAGGCAUCUGUUUGUCCACAUCAGUCAGCAGUGUCCCAGCCCUGGAGCGCCACCCCUGGAAAGUGUGGACGUCCGGCAGAUCUACGACAAAUUCCCUGAGAAAAAGGGUGGCCUCCGGGAGCUGUAUGACCGAGGGCCACCACAUGCCUUCUUCCUGGUCAAGUUCUGGGCGGACCUGAACUGGGGCCCAAGUGCUGAGGAGGCAGGGAGCAGUGGAGCUGGUGGUGGUGGCUUCUAUGGAGUGAGCAGCCAGUAUGAGAGCCGGGAGCUCAUGACACUUACCUGCUCCUCCAAGGUCUGCUCCUUUGGAAAGCAAGUGGUAGAGAAGGUGGAGACGGAGCGGGCCCAGCUGGAGGACGGGCGCUUUGUGUACCGUCUGCUGCGCUCUCCCAUGUGUGAGUACCUGGUUAACUUCCUGCACAAGCUCCGUCAGCUGCCUGAACGCUACAUGAUGAACAGUGUCCUGGAGAACUUCACCAUUCUCCAGGUUGUGACAAACAGGGACACUCAGGAACUGCUGCUGUGUACUGCCUACGUCUUUGAAGUCUCCACCAGUGAACGCGGAGCCCAGCACCACAUCUACCGCCUGGUCAGGGACUGAUGGAGCCCCACUGUUGGUGUUUUUCAGAACACCCUCUUCCUAGGAAGGACCCUUUUGCUCUCCCUGUAAGAGCGAGGGGCCCAUGGUUUUUAAAAAGGCUCAAUCUCAGAAGCACGAGCCAUGGGGGCUGGCUCCUCUUAGAAAGGAACCUGAAGCUUGGCUAUUGAGCUAAGUGAGCUUGGUUUGAGUUUAGAUCCCCAACACAAGGACCUCACAGAGAACAUCUGACAGGACACACCACUCCUGAGCAUCAGGGACGGAGGACAGGGGUGCAUGCUCACAGGUACAGCACUGGCCUCACUCAGUUCUACAGGGGCCCCUCCCUGCUCUUCUGGAGAGGGGAGCUGGGCUAUGUACGGCUUGUUACUCAUUGCCUUGUAACCUUCUUGUUUUCCAGUUGUCUCAUGUCUGCCUCUUCCCCACACCCUUUCUCUGGGAUCUGUAAUGUCACAAAUCUAAGAUAAUGGUUUCCCAGCUUGGGGUAGGGUUGAGGUGGGACCUGAAAAAAAUUUUAAUAUAAGGAGAUAUUUAUACACAGUGUUAGGGAUGUAAUCUUAUCUCAGCUAGGCAGUGGGGUGGGACUCCUUAUUCUCCCUCUCACCCCAUUUAAGUGAGCCUUGGACCACCCUGCCACCUCCCUUCCCCAAGAGCGAUGGUUUAUGUUUGAAGGAGAAUAAAGCUAUUUUUA